AUGGACUCGUGGGCGACUUAUAGACCACUAAGGGAGGAAUUUCCACUUGUGUUCGGAUUAGCUAAAAACAAAAUCAAUAAAGUUCAGCAAAAUUAUGUAAAAAACCAGGGAGGAGUGUUGUGGGAUUGGAGUUGGACUAGACUACCAAAUUGUGCCGAAGAAAAUGAUGAAUGGGACCUGCUGAAAUCACUACUGCAACAACAAAAUGUGGGGCAAAACAUCGAUGUGUGGAAUUGGAAGGAUAACAUCACGGAUGGAUACUCGGUUAAGGAUGUUAGGAGAGAUGUGGCUGGCUUUAUGGACGUGAAUGCUGAACCAAACAACUUUGAGUGGAGCAAGAUAGCAACAGCAAAAGUUAAUUUGUUCACAUGGAGAGCGGCUGAAGACAGAAUCCCGACGCUGGUAGCCUUAAAGAAAAGGGGGCUGCAAAUCGGAGCGAAUAUAUGUAAAGUGUGUGGUCUCGCGGCGGAAUCGGCUGAUCAUAUUGUCAUUCAAUGCCCGGUAGCGAAAGAGGUAUGGCUGCUUUUGUGGUCCUGGGUGAAAAUUCCAAUGCGUGAUCACAGUGAAAGUAUGAAUAGAAGGUUCAACGAAAGGUCGGGCUGGCCGAGGAAAAAGGAGAAAAUUAUAUAUGCUAUACAUCUCUUAGCCGCAUGGAGCCUAUGGAAAAACAGGAAUAAUAAAGUAUACAACGACAAAACCACGGUACCAGUUAAAUUAGUAGAAGAAAUCAAAGAGGAGUCGUUUGAAUGGAUAAAUUUAAGAACAAGACGAAUCAGGAUAACAUGGAACGAAUGGAGAAGUUUUUCUAUAUCGGAGUAG